AUGUCCAUCGAAAACCUUAAGACCUUCGACCCCUUCGCCGACGUCGAAGAGGACUCCGGCCGGUCUAACGCCAAGACCGAAAACUACAUCCACAUUCGUAUCCAGCAACGCAAUGGUCGCAAGACUCUGACUACCGUUCAGGGUCUCCCAGCCAAGUAUGACCAGAAGAAGAUUUUGAAGCGUAUGAAGGGUCUCUAUGCUUGCAAUGGCAACAUCGUCAAAGAUGAGGAAAUGGGCGAGGUGAUUCAGUUGCAAGGUGACCAGCGCAAAGAUGUUCACGACUUCUUGACUAAGCGCCCGCCUACCAAAGCGGAGGCUGAAACCAUGACCGAGAAGGACAAGGCCAAAUACGGCCUCGGCAUCAAGGCUGCCACUGUCAAGGUCCACGGUUUUUAA